AUUCUUCUUCUUCCAUGCUUCCAAGUUUAAGCAAUUUUCUCUCGCUCAAUACAAACCUCGUACUGUGCACUAGAUCUUUCUGUUGUCUAUCUAUUGCUUCAACUCUGGUUUUGUUCGAAUUGGCUAGUUAGUUCGUUACAUAUGUUUGCUUGACCGAGGAGAGUUUUGAGUUCAGAGUUCAGACCUCGAUCAGCUAGCGAUGGAAGAUAUUUACAAGUUGAACCCUCUUCUAUCUUGUUCAGAGGAUGUUGUUGUUAGAGAUCAUGUCAACGUUAACGCUUCUGCUACUGCUGCUUCUGAAUUGCAUCUAGGACUCGUUGCUAAUAACUACCUUCGGAUGGAAGAGCCAUCCGAACCCGAUGUGUCGGAUCGACUGAUCAAGACCCAGAUCGCUUCUCACCCUCUUUAUCCAAAUCUAGUAUCUGCUUAUAUAGAAUGCCAAAAGGUUGGAGCACCACCAGAACUGGCUUCACUUCUCGAAGAAAUAGCCCGUGAAAGCCACCCGACAGAUGCUCUCCGUGAGAUAGGAGAUGAUCCUGAGCUUGACGAGUUCAUGGAAUCAUACUGUGAAGUUCUUCAUAGAUACAAGCAGGAGCUGUCCAAGCCAUUCAAUGAAGCGACUUUGUUUUUGUGUAGUAUCGAAUCACAACUCAGCAAUCUUUGUAAGGGAACGCUGACAUUGUCAUCGGAUAACAAUCGUUCAGAUGAGGCAGCCGGGACAUCAGAGGAUGAAUUAAGUUUUGAGAAGGUGGAAGCAAUUGAAGGUCAUGAAUUUUCUGGCACACGUCCAGGUGAUCAAGAGCUUAAAGAAAUGCUCCUUCGUAAGUAUGGUGGUUAUCUUAGCAGCUUAAGAAAGGAAUUUUUAAAGAAAAGGAAAAAGGGUAAGCUACCAAAGGAUGCAAGGAUCGUACUCAUGGACUGGUGGAACACCCACUAUAGGUGGCCUUAUCCUACGGAGGAGGAGAAAGUGCAGCUAUCAGAAAUGACUGGACUGGAUCAAAAACAGAUCAAUAACUGGUUCAUCAAUCAAAGGAAACGGCAUUGGAAGCCAUCUGAAGAUAUGCGAUUUGCCAUUAUGGAUGGGGUGAGUGGUGGUGGAAUAGGAGGACCUAUGUAA